CGUCAACUGGCAGCUGUUGCUUACUUUACUUCCAAUUUUUUUAUUUAUUUCCCAAAACUAUGAAGUUUUUAUAGAAAACAUGGAUAACAUGACUCUAAAGGAGAUCCAAAACAAAUUGCUGUUAUGGGAGGCUGCUGAUAAUCCUCUGGCGCCGCUCACGUCAAGUCAAAGGGAGGCUAUACUUGAUUUAGAAGCCUUAUCACUUGGCGUUCAAACUGAUGAAGAAUACCCAUCAGGACUUGUCCCUACAACAGAUACAGAUGGUGUACCAAAACUGGACACUACAUAUGAGUUCCUGGACUGGUAUGACAAACUCAAUGAGGUAGAUAUCAAGAAUUAUGAUGAGCCAUAUGAAGCAUAUUAUAAGCAGCUGGAGGAUAGGCGGAAUGAAUGUGUAGCUUUGACAAACCAGAUAACAGCAACCUUAUCAGACUUGAACAAACUGUCAGAUGAAUACAACUUGGUGUCAAACAAAACCAAUGCCCUGCACUCUAUGAGUGAGCAGUUGCUAGCGGAUCAAAAUAAACUCUCAGAAAUUGGUGAGGAUAUAAAACACAAGCUGCACUACUUCACACAAGUGGAGCACCUGUCACAGCGCCUCAGCAGCCCCACCAUGUCUGUGAACAGCGAGGCAUUCUUCAACAUCCUCGCCAAGAUAGACGACUGCCUGGAUUACAUGAGGGCUAAUAGCACAUUCAAAGAAGCGCACACCUAUUCAGUGAAGUACCGGCACCUGCAAAGCCGCGCCAUAUCGCUCAUCCGCGCCUACGUCACACACGUCCUCAACCACGCAACAGAACAAGUGUUGACUCCGGACGAGCCCAACGAGGGCGAGAGUGCGGAUACGGCUUAUGCGGUGUAUUUCGGCAAGUUCCAGGCCGCGGCGCCCAAACUGAAGAUGGUGCUGAGUGAGGUGGAGAAACGGGCGCAGGGGAACGAAGAUUAUGCAUCACUACUAUCAGACCUGCAGCGCGAGUACGCGUCGCGCCGGCAGCGCGUGGCGGGCGGCGCCACGGCGGGCGCCCUGCGUGGCGCCGCGGACAGCCAUGCGCGCGACCACUGCGCGCUGCUGCGCGCCGCGUGCUCGCUGCUCGCGCUCGCCGUGCGCGACGAGUGUGCGCUCUACACGCACUUCUUCACCGCCACCUCGCCUGCGCUAGAGGAGUACCUACAGUCGCUGUGCGUGGGGCUGUACGAGACGCUGCGGCCGUACAUCAUCCACAUCAACCACCUGGAGACGCUCGCCGAGCUGUGCGUCAUACUGAGGGUCGAGGUCAUUGAGGAGCAGGUCAACAACGAUCCGGCACUGAGCGCCUUAGGGAACGUAGCUCGCGCGUUACUGCAGGACGCGCAGGAAAGACUCGUGUUCCGCGCGCACGUGCACCUGCGCGCCGACGUGCUCCGGUACCGCCCCGCGCCGGGCGACCUCGCCUAUCCUGACAAACUGCUGAUGAUGGAACAAAUAGCCUUAUCCAUACAAGAGCAGAGUCUGAAACGCAGCGAUUCCCGCAACUCGAUGAUAUCAGACAUUUCAGCUACUUCCCAAGAAGUCGCGAACAUAAACGUCGAAGCCCAAAGAAGACCGCAAGCUUCCCCCGCAGACCUUCACGGGAUGUGGUACCCUGGAGUCAGACGGACCUUAGCGGCAUUAUCUAGACUUUACAGAUGUCUAGAAAAACGGGUUUUCCAAGGACUAGCCCAAGAGGCGAUAUCCCUUUGCGUCCAGAGCGUAGACAGCGCUGCAAAGCAAAUUUCAGCCACGAAAACUGACAUUGACGGCGAACUGUUCCAAAUAAAACAUCUGCUUAUAUUGAGGGAGCAGAUAGCACCAUUCCAAGUUGAUUUCAUCGUCAAAGAAACUACUUUGGACUUCAGUAACGUAAAAUCAGCCGCAUAUGGCCUAAUUCAGAAACCAAGGCAAAUCUUUUACUUGAAUAGCAAUAAUGCGCUGUUGGAAUUUCUUCUGGAAGGGACACCGCUAGUGAGGGAGCACCUAUUGGAUUCGAGGAAGGAAGUUGAUAGGCAGUUGAAGAGUUGUUGCGAGACUUUUAUUAAAAUUUCUACAGAGAUUAUGGCCGGCCCGAUAAUUGAGUUUAUUGAAAAGGCCCAAGCAUUCACCCCACCGGAUCAACUGAAGUCUCAGCCGUGGGCAACGCCUGAACAACUGGCUGUGGUGGUCAAAGAGGCGCAGCGACGGAUCAAGACGCAUCUCGCUCCGUUGCAGCGAUCCAUGCAGUUAUAUCUCGCCAAUAAGGAGACGGAGUUCAUAUUGUUUAGACCAAUCAGGAAUAACGUGGUUGGUUACUUUGUUCAAUUGGAACAAAUUCUUACAAAUUCUGGCUAUUCAUAUGAAGACACCUUAAUAGUGGCCUGCCCCACUCCAGAACAAGUGUCAGUUUUUAUUUCUUCUGCAAGCCUGAUCAGCCAUGCUGAGCCCGUGUUGCCGUAUGGGAAAAAGAAGCAGACUACGGUUGUGAGGAAGCCUAGUGUUACCAGUGUGCCAGAAAAAACUGACGAAAAACCCACCGAAAACCCCCCUAUUCAGGGCACUUAAACUAAAUUAAAUUUUUAUGUUAAGAAAUAUUAUGCAAUACCUAAUUCCAUACUUGUAUAAUAAAAAUAAAAAUAAUGUAGAUUAUUCCAAUUAUUUAUUUACAUGUUUUAUACCUUAUGUUAUUUUAUUGUAUUACUAUACUAUUAAAUAAAUACAUCCACCAAAGACAAGUGUUUUAUUGUAAUAAAACAAAGACAUUUGGCUGAGCUCUUUAAUGGUUUUAACUCAAGUGAUUUGAAUUGUUACUAAUAUAAUAUUUAUAGUUAUGAGUUUACGCCCUGAGCCAGUACAUGCCAGCACGGAUUCUGGUGUAGUCUGGCAGAGCUUCUGUAGGGCCGACUGCCGCCACAACGGGGCAGC